UCGCAAAAUACAUUUGUCUUACCAACUUUGUAUUACCAUCAUUUUAGUUCCCAUGAGUGAUUUCAGAUUGCUUCCACUAUGAAGGAGGAUGAUCUAGACAUUGCUGUUGUUGGCAUUGGGUGUAAUUUCCCUGGAGGUGAGGGCCUUGAUAAUUUCUGGAAGGUCCUGCUUGAGGGAAAGAACUGUGCAGUGGAGAUACCAGGUGAGAGGUUUGACUGUGCAGAGUGGUAUGACCAGGAUGACAGUAAACCAGGGAAGUCACGAACACAAAACGCAGCACUUGCUGAUGGAUUCAAUGAGUUUGAUCACAAGUUUUUUGGCAUCACUGAAGCUGAGGUGGAGCAAAUGGAUCCUCAGCACAAGAUUCUUCUGCAGUGUACCUACAGGGCACUAGAGGAUGCUGGCAUGCCCAUGGAAAAGGCCAGUGGGAGUAGAACAGGAGUUUUUUUAGGUUUGAUGAAUCGAGACUAUGAACUCACCAUGGCAAAUGUGAACCCAAUCAUUAUUAACCACUGCACUGGUACUGGUCUAGCCAUGAGCAUCGCUGCCAACAGAAUUUCCUACACUUUCAACUUUACUGGGCCCUCUUUGUCUAUUGACUGUGCCUGUUCCUCAUCUCUUGUCGCCCUUCAUUUAGCCUGUCAGGCCAUGAGAGAAGGAGACUGUGAAAUGGCUAUAUGUGGGGGUGUCAGCUGCAUUUUUCAGCCAAGAGUGUUUGUGGCUCUAAGCAAGGCAAAGAUGAUCUCACCUGGAGGCACCAGCAAACCAUUCUCCAACAAAGCAGAUGGUUAUGGAAGGGGAGAAGGAUGUGGAGUCAUUCUGCUAAAGCCUUUGAAAAAAGCUUUAGAAGACCAUGAUAACAUUUGGGGAAUUAUCUGCAAAACUGCUGUGAAUCAAGAUGGCCACACUGUCACUCCUAUGACAAAGCCGUCAAUGGUCCAGCAAGAGGAGCUCCUCAACAGAAUCUACUCCACAGACACCUACCUGUCUGAUGUGCAGUAUGUAGAAGCUCAUGGGACUGGGACUCCAGUGGGAGAUCCAAUAGAGGCAGGUAGCAUUUCCAAAGUCAUUGCCAAGGCAAGACCUGCAGAGUUAGGGCCGCUAUGUAUUGGCUCUGUUAAGAGUAACAUUGGGCACACAGAAUCUGCAGCAGGAGUAGCAGGACUCAUUAAGGUCCUCCUGAUGAUGAAGCAUGAAACCAUUGUUCCUUCAGUGUUCUACACAGAGAAAAGCUCUAGCAUAGAUGCUCCAGCUCUCAAUCUAAAAAUUCCCACCAAAGCUGAGAAAUGGGUCACCAGAGGGAGCUCAGUAAGGGUUGCUGGGAUAAAUAACUUUGGAUUUGGAGGGACAAAUGCUCAUGCAGUUGUAAGACAGCAUAUGCUGACAAAACAGCCAAAAGAGUCUGUCAAGAACUUACACCAUUUUUUUGUAGUUUCUACAGCAACAGAGAAAUCACUUACAAUGACAAUAGAAGACACAAUGCAAAAUAUCAAGGCAGGGAAUAUAACAGAUCUACAAAGCCUGGUGUAUACUUCCGCAUGCAGGAGAAGUCACUUGAAACACAAAUAUAGGAAAGUGUUCCAUGCAUCAUCUUUGACUGAUUUGAAAGAGAAGCUUAUGCAUGCUUUAAACAAAACAACUGUAACAUCGAAGCAAGAUCCCAGAGUAGUUUUUGUGUUCUGUGGAAAUGGUGUUACUUACAGAGGUAUGUGCAGACAGCUUCUAAAAGAGGAACCUGUUUUCAGAGAGAAAGUGAGAGAGAUUGAGGAUCUUUUCCAAGACUACAGAAAAAUGAGUCUCAUAGAGAAGUUAGAGAGCAAGUCAGAACAGGAUUAUGAUUUCACAGAACCAGAGAUUAUACAGCCUCUCCUCUUUGCAAUUCAGGUUGCCAUUGUUAACCUGCUAAUGCACUGGGGAAUUAGGCCAGAUGCUGUUCUUGGACAUUCUGUUGGAGAGGUUGCUGCAGCCCAUUGCUCUGGUCUGUUGUCACUUGAGGAUGCAGUGAGGGUGAUCUACUACCGCAGUAGUUUGCAAAGCAAAGUAACUGGAGGGAAAAUGCUAGUUGUGAGUAACAUGUCUGUAUCAGACGUGUUGAAAAUUCUCCCCUCUUACUCUGGAAGACUUUGCUUGGCAGCUCAAAACAGCCCUCAGUCUUGCACCAUUUCAGGAGAUGCAGAUGCCAUUGAUAGUUUGCACAAGAGCUUGAGCAACUCAGGUGAUGGUAAAAAUUUGUUCCUUCGUGUUCUGGAUGUUCCUGCUGCUUAUCAUAGCCAUAUGAUGGAUUCUAUUGUGGCAGAUGUGGAGAAAAGUAUUGGCUUGUUACAGGCACAGAACAUGGUAACAGAAUUGUUCUCAACAGUGUCAGGAGGAAAGGCAUGCCCCACAGAUUUUGUUAAUGGGAAAUACUGGGCAAGAAAUAUCCGAGAGCCAGUGGCAUUUCAACAAGCAAUAAAAUCAGCAAAACAGACAAAGAAUGCAAUCUUUGUUGAGAUUAGUCCAAGAAGGGCUCUGCAGAGAAACAUCAUGGAAACUCUAGGAAAUGACACAGUGGUGCUGUCCUCAGUUCAGCCAGAUAAAGAUCUUGAAACAAUGCUAACUGUUGUUUCCAAACUGUUUGAAAUGGGAGUCAAUGUAGAUUGGGACCAGUUCUACAAAGGCUGUGAGAUGGAACCAAUUCCUUUUCCACGGUAUCAGUUUGACAAUGUAAGGCGAGAUGUACUAAUUGAAGCAACAUUCUCUGAUACCAGUAGUGGCCAUCCUGUAAUUACACAGAAGAGUAAAGAUGGCUCUGUUUUCAGCUGUGACCUCUCCUCUGGGUCACUGUCCUACCUACAUGACCACAAACACCAGGGUGUUGCCCUUAUCCCUGGGGCCUUUUAUGUUGAGUUGGGCUUAGCAGCUUUCAUGACAAGUGUAAAACCAAAAGUGCCCCUCAGCUCUCUGCAGCUCAGUGUAAGGUUCCAUACUCCAUGUGUUUUGUCACAUAAUACACCAGAUAUGAAAGUACAGUUGAAUCCCACUGAAAAUGCAGGAGAAAUGAGCUUUCAGUUCAAAGUGCAUUCUUUGUCAGCAAACUAUGCAUCAGGCAAAGUAGAAUCAACACAAAGAAAUCUGCCUGAGGAGCAAUACAUUUCACUGGACUCUGUCUAUAAAAGAUGUCAGUCAGUUAUACAUUCUGAGGAGUUUUAUAAGUAUCUUUCUUUGGGGGGAUUUCAGUAUGGUCCUGUUUUCAAAAACAAGGGGGAUGUUUUUUAUGGAGAGGAGCUUAGGGAAACAUAUUCACAUGUCACUGUCCCUGACGAGUUAUUGCCCCAGCUUCAUGACUACUAUCUUCAUCCUGUGAUCUUAGACUAUCUCAUGCAACUUCUUCCUGUAACAGGGACAUAUCUUUUCUUGGGAAGGCCUGGGUUCCCUUCCCAAAUAGGCAGCCUAACUGUGUUCGAACCUUUGCAGAAGGAGAUGGUUGUGUAUUUGAGAGCAACAUGUUUGGGGACAGAGGAGCUUAAUGUUUGUGGCUGUUUUGCUGACAAAGAAGGCCGGGUUUUGGUUGAAUUGAAGCAUGUGACUAUCACAUACCUAGGCAGUGGCCCUCAUGUGGUAGAGGAGUAUUUUUACCACAACAGCUACAGCAUUGCCUUUGAGCAUGCCAGCUUCUCACCAAGACCAAAAUCACUGGUCUUUGCUGAUAAUGCAGGCAUUUCUAGAGGCCUGCAACAAUACCUAGAUCCAUCAUCAAAAUACAUUCCCUCCACAUAUACAAAAGUGCUGCUGGAACGUGGAUUUGAAGGUUUCCUUUCUGAACUGCAAAUCCCAAAUGUCAAGACAAACUUUCAGGAAGUUUUGUUCAUAUGGGGUGAUGCAGACGUAACCUCACACAAAGCUGAGAAUGUGUUAGACUGCAUGGCAACUUGUUGCGAGAUUUUACGAACAAUUGUUGCAGGUCUCAAGACAAUAGGUUUCCAAAACUCCAUCAGGAUAGUUACUUAUCGGUCAUCAGAAGAUUCAGUUAACCACAUCAGUCCUGGAUUUGUACUCUCUGGAAUGACCAGAGCAUGUGCAGCUGAGUUGCCAGAUCUCUCCUUUCAGCUGAUAGACAUAAGCUCAGUCUCUCCUGAGGAUAUCAAAGCCUUGGCCCAGAUCCUCGGAUCACACCCUUGCAGCAAAUACCCAGAGCUAGUUGUAAAAGAUGGACAGAUUCUUAAACCACAGAUUAGCCACACACCAAUAAUGGCUAAAGACAGCGCUUUUCAAAGCAUACACUCGUCACAGUGCAAAAGUUUUGUCUUGCAAACCUCUGACCCCUACAGGCUGACAGGCCUUUCAGCAGUGGCUUCUGAUAAAUCUGUUGAAUCCAUUCAAAGCAAAAAUGUGGAGGUCCAGCUCUCUAAAAUUUGUGUGCACUCCUCAGACUACUUUCCAGUCACUUUCUCUGACCUUAACUUUGGUCAGACAUUAUACUGGAACAAGCAAACAUCUCUGAACCACAAAUGUUUAGCCCUUGACUUCAGUGGUACUGUGACAGCUGCCGGGAAGGAUGUUAGCAAACUAAAAAUUGGAGAUCAAGUUGUCUGUUGCUAUCCUGUUGCAGCUUCCAGCAAAGUUGUAAUUCCAGCAGCUGCUUGCUAUAAAACAAAGAGAGUUCCAUUUUUGAAAGAUUCUCCUUGUGUCUCUUACUUUAAUCUUGCUUGGGAGAUCUUGCACUGUGCAUUACCCAAGGUCAAACAACAGCUGAAGUUAGGCAUUUUCUCCACUACUCCAGACUCAGUUCUGGUGAAAGUCUUAAAUCUUGCAGCUGUCAAAUCAGGCUGGAGCGUCACUGUGGGUACAAAUGCUAAUCGAUUGCUUCAUGAUUUCAGUGAAAUGGUGGGAAUUGUGCUUUUGCCUCCCUAUGAUGAAUCUGUCAUUGCAGAGGCAAGUAAUGUUGUGGGUGUCCGAUACAUUGUUCUGGUCUCUGACAACCAAAUGAAAACCUCUGUCAGUCAGCUUGCUUUUAGAGGUCAAAAUGAUGGGGUUCAUGUGAAAAUACUUUUCACAUCAAUUGUAAUGCAGAAGCAGUCAAUAACAGCACGGAAGCCUUGCAUUUCCCGCUGGCUGAAGAACAUGAAUUUGGACAGAAAGUCUGUGCUUUUUGAGAAGACCACUGUUCAAAGGUUAUCUAAUGAGAAGAUUGAUUGCUUUCCUUUAGAGGAAUCAGAAUCAUACUUCAGAUGUCAGAUCAUGCCUGUGGUGGUCCUGAGACUUGACUCGAAGGGUGAACUGUCCGACAUUCCACUGAUUCCAAAACCUCAGAAGUUGUUUCAGAACAAUUCUGUCUACAUAGUGACAGGUGGUCUCUCAGGGCUAGGAUUUGAGACAGUGAAGUUCAUUGCUCAGAGAGGGGGAGGGAAUAUUAUUAUCCUCUCUAGAAGCAGUCCAAGCCACCUGAUGGAACAGGAAAUAAAUAACAUCAAAAAUCAGUGCCAGUCAGCAAUCACUUGCUUACAAUGUGAUGUUUCAGUGUCAGAACAAGUUUACCAGGCAAUUGCUCAGAUCAAAAAACUCCUCCCAUCAAAUCCAAUCAAAGGUGUGUUCCAUAGUGCAGUUGUCCUUCAUGAUGGGCUCAUUGAAAGCUUGAACAAAGCCCUCUAUGAGAAAGUUAUGAGGCCAAAAGUGAACGGUGUGAUCAAUCUUCACCAUGCCACUAAACACUGUGAUCUGGAUUACUUUGUUUGCUACUCCUCCAUUUCAGCUUUCCUUGGUAACGCAUCACAGACAAAUUAUGCUUCGGCCAACACGUUCAUGGAUACCUUCUGUCAGUACCGCAGGAACAUUGGUCUGCCUGGCCAGUCAAUUAACUGGGGAGCUUUAAAUUUGGGUCUCCUAUUGAACAAAGAACAUUUCCAAAGAUUUCUGGAGGCGAAAGGAAUGAUGGUCCUGGACGUGACAGAAAUUCAUGAAAGUCUUGAGCAGUGCCUGUUAAUCAACAAGGCACAACAGGCUGUGUGUAGAUUCAAUUUUAAGAACAUAAGGUAUAAUGUUCUCUCUCAAAACAAAUCCCUCACCAUGCGGUUGUCAGCACUGGUAGAAGAGGGUCUCAAAAAGGCCAAUAUGAUUGACUCCAGACUUGAGCAGGCCAGCACAGUCUCUUCACCCAAAGACUAUAUCAAGUCAGUGAUUAGUGAAACUAUUGGUGUUGAACAAGAUGAGCUGACUGAUGAUACUGUUCUGUCAGCACUGGGGCUUGAUUCUAUGUUGGCCAUGACUCUGCAGAAUCUCAUCUUCCAGGAAAAAGGAGUGAAUAUACCUCUGGUAACACUCCUUAAUGCAGACAGCACUUUGUCAGACAUAGUGAAAAUGUUAGGAGGGAAUGAGAAUGAGGGAAAUGACCAAGUUGAGAAAAAAUUACUGCCACAAACCACAGCAGAGAUUACACGAUUCUAGAUAUGUCCAUUUAUUGCUAUCUAUAUAAGCAGUCGAUGACAAAACUGUUUCCUUUUCUUUACAUGACAGUAUGUGUUUAUGUCAUCACUGCCAUUUGUAUGUUAUCCUAGAAUUAUAGCUGCUGAGAUUUUGUAAAACAAAUAUAUUGUGUACAUAAUGCUAACUGCACAUUUCCCAGUUGUUCUAUUAUAUAACAUUGCUGAUAUUUUACGUGCACUGGCUUGAUUUAAAUCAUAAAGAGACUAUAAGAAAUAUGAUUGUUUCAAGCAUCACUUUGUGAUCAUCUUACUAUCACAUUUUCAUUGUUAUAUCAUUUUUGUAGCAGUUUUUAUUGCUUGUUAGUUCUAUUUUGAUAUUUUUCCUGAAGUUAUUUUUCUCUAUGAUAUGC